AUGGCAGUGAUGAAUGGUCAGGAGUUUGCAGCAGGAGACAGAUGCAAUGGACAGCCUCCUAUACAUGCUAUUAUAGGGGAGUCAGAGUCCUCUGCCACAGUGAUUUUGUCCAGAACCACAGGACCUUUCAGAAUUCCAGUGAUAAGUCACUCAGCCACCUGUGAGUGUCUCAGUAAUAGGAGAGAUUACCCUUCAUUCUUCAGGACUAUUGCUAGUGAUUAUCACCAGAGCAGAGCACUUGCAUACAUAGUAAAACACUUUGGCUGGACUUGGGUUGGAGCUGUGAACAGUGACAAUGAUUAUGGAAACAAUGGAAUGGCCACAUUUCUGAAUACAGCGCAGGAGGAGGGAAUUUGUGUCGAGUACUCUGUGAAAUUUUAUAGAACAGAGCCUGAAAAACUCCUAAAAGUGGUAAACAUCAUAAAACAAAGCACCGCAAAAGUCAUUGUUGCAUUUCUUGCCAGUUUUGAGAUGAACAAUCUACUAGAACAGCUAUACAUUCAGAACAUUACAGGCAUCCAAAUGAUUGGUGUAGAGGCAUGGAUAACAGCAAAGGGUCUGAUCACACCAAAGAGUUUUCAAGGAGAUGGGAAUUCAUCUCAAUAUGUAGAAAUUUGCAGCAGGUAUCAGGAUCUGUUUGUGCUUAAAAAUAUCACCGAAGAUGUUCCUGAGCAAAGAUAUACAAGUAAUGUCUACAAAGCAGUGUAUGCUGUGGCUCAUGCAUUACACAAUCUACUGAAGUGCAAAGAACAAGAAGGUUGUGAGAAAGGCCUGACAAUACAACCACAGCAGGUGGUUGAGGCUUUAAAAAAAGUAAAUUUCACUGUAAAGUUUGGAGAUCAUGUGUGGUUUGACAGCUCUGGUGCUACAGUAGCCCAGUAUGAAGUUGUAAACUGGCAGAAGGACUCAGAUGGAUCGAUCCAGUUUAAAGCUGUGGGUUACUAUGAUGCCUCACUGCCCCCUGACCAGCGCUUUGUACUUAACACUGAAAACAUAAUCUGGGCUGGAGGACAGCUGAAGAAGCCCAGGUCUGUGUGCAGUGAGAGUUGUCCUCCAGGCACUAGGAAGGCUGCACAGAAAGGAAGACCUGUCUGCUGUUAUGACUGUAUUACAUGUGCAGAUGGAGAAAUCAGUAAUGAGACAGAUUCAAAUAACUGCCAGCAGUGUCCAGGGGAAUACUGGUCUAAUACUGAGAACACUGAAUGUGUGUUAAAGGCUGUAGAGUUUCUGUCAUUCACAGAAGUUAUGGGUAUAGUGUUAGUCUUUUUCUCUCUGUUUGGAGUAGGAUUAACUUUGGUCUUGGUUAUCCUGUUUUACAGUAAGAAGGACACUCCCAUAGUAAAAGCCAACAACUCAGAGCUGAGCUUCUUGUUGCUCUUCUCAUUGACUUUGUGUUUUCUCUGUUCACUUACUUUCAUUGGUCGCCCCACUAGGUGGUCCUGUAUGUUGCGUCACACAGCAUUUGGGAUCGCUUUUGUCCUCUGUAUCUCCUGUGUUCUGGGGAAAACAAUAGUGGUGUUAAUGGCAUUCAAGGCCACACUUCCAGGAAGUAAUGUCAUGAAAUGGUUUGGGCCUGCACAACAGAGACUCAGUGUUUUUACCUUUACACUCAUUCAAGUUCUUAUCUGUGUGCUUUGGCUAUCAAUAUCUCCUCCUUUCCCCUAUAAAAAUAUGAAAUAUUAUAAAGAAAAAAUCAUUUUUGAAUGCAGUCUGGGUUCUACUAUUGGUUUCUCUGCUGUGUUUGGUUAUAUUGGUCUUCUGGCUCUUUUGUGCUUCAUUCUGGCUUUUCUGGCUCGGACGCUGCCUGAUAACUUCAAUGAAACUAAAUUCAUCACAUUCAGUAUGCUCAUAUUCUGUGCUGUAUGGAUCACAUUUAUCCCAGCUUAUGUCAGCUCUCCUGGAAAAUUUACUGUAGCUGUGGAGAUAUUUGCUAUUUUAGCCUCAAGCUUUAGUUUACUAAUUUGCAUAUUUGCACCCAAAUGUUACAUCAUCCUGUUUAAGCCCAAACAAAAUACUAAGCAGCAUUUGAUGAGAAAAAACACAAACUAA